AUGCCAAAAGUUGGUAUUCGGAAAAUAUUUCAAGUUGGAGGUAAGAGCGAUGAAGUGAUCGAGGUUGUUGUGAAGUUAGUGUGGUGGUUGCGACAAAAAAGUUUCAAAUCGGUUUUUAUUUUUUGGAAUGGUAAUUUUUGAUGCGUUAAAACAUGUAAAACUUAAAAUUUGUCUUUUACAGUGUGUUUUUGUCUACAUAUUUUGAUAUGUCAAUGGUGAAAUUUCACACUUUUCCUACACUUUUUGAAGUUUUUUAGAGGAAAACUUGAUUUUUGCAAGUGUUGCAUAUUGUAUUAGAGAAUUUAUAAAGUCCAGCUAAUCUAAAAAAACGGUCUAAAAGUACGACGAUUCCGUCCAGUAUACGACCAUAAAUCCCUCGGUCUCUUUUGUUUUGUCAAUCCGUCUUUUUCCCGCUUGCACUCAAUGUGUUUUGGGGUGUUGUUUGGUGUCUAGAGGGUGUUUGUUAUUAACGCAUGGACGAGAAAUGAUGUUUAAUUUUUUAGAACGUGAUGAGGUCUCGACUUCAGCCCCAUCUCAGGUCACAUUUGGCGAGGUUUCCGUCAAGUUCAACGACAAAAACUCGAACGACGCUACUCCCAAAGUAAGUGGCAUGCUUAAUGAUGAUUAUGUUGAAAAUUGAAAGAAUUUUGAAAAGUUUGAACACUGAAAAAUUGUGAAAAAUCGAAAAAGAGACAAGAAAACGAAUGAAAAGGUAUUAAAAGAGCACGCCAAAGCUCUAUAAACCGCAUAAAAAGCAGAGAACUCGGAGAUUAGGUUACGAAAAACAAGGUGAGCAAUGUGUUGACCAUUUAUAUGGUCCUGAUAUCAUGCAAAAAAAGGAAUUUCCUCAACCCCUCACAGAUAUUAACAUUGUCAACGUGGUUGUUUAUCAUGUUUUUUUCGAUUACGAAAGCCUAACCCAGUUGUUUAUUAUAUAAAGGAAGCCGGGUUGUUUAUUUGUUUCUCAUAGUUUUCGAAGAGAGGGAGGGGUAAAAUCGCGAGAAACAGACGGUUGUCAUAUUUUUGAGUCAUUCGGAGUAUAUAACCGCGACGACGUUCCGUUGUUAUCUUUGAUCGUUGAUGUUAUACAAACUAAAUUUAAGACCCGUCUUUUGUUGUGACAUUGUAAUAAUGGUCAACUCGUUGUGGGAUCUGGAAAUUGGAAGGCGCUUUUCUUUUGAUCAGGUAUGGGAAGAUAGGGGGUUUUAAAUUUUAAAGCUAGAUUUUUUAACUUAAAAGAUUUUAUUGUGACCAAGGUUGGAGUAUGACUAAAAUAUGUUGAAACAGCAAACACGUGACCUAUUAUGGCGCAAGAUUGGCGAAAAAGGUUGAAAAUGUCAAAAUAGGUUCUUAAAAAGCAAAGUUUAAAGGCAAUAUUAUGUUUUUAAAAAUCAUAAUUUAUCUUUAUGGUUUCAGCCUUCCUCAUCCCACAUAUCAUUUCCAUUUUCCCGGCCGAAACGGUUUCGCCGAGCGACAGAAGGCGACAAACUUAAUGAAAACUCAUCGAAUGACAAAUGUGACAGUGCUUACGAAGUUGUGGAUGAUCAGAGCAUUCUAAGUCUCAAGGAUUCAGAUGACGAGAAGAAGAAAUGUAAGUUUUUGACUUUGUUUUUGCAUGUUUUAGGUAUUAAAGGGUGUUUGUGAAAACUAAAGGGCAAUGCACGGUCAGUAUGAGUCAUGGGUUUUCAAAAUAUGGUGCAAAAAGUAAAAUUUUUGUUAAGAAAUUCUUUUCUAUGUAUUUUUUGACCAAAUGAGUACUUAAAAAAUGGUUUUUGUACCAACUUCUUAAUAAAAAAUGGUUGUACACAUUUGCUUGACGCAAUUUUUUGUAGACCCAUUUCUCAAACGGCCGUUCACUCGCUUCUGGAGGUCGUGGUCUUUGACUUCCGAAACUCUUAAAACGUUUUUUCGAUGUGUAACAACAUGUUUUUCUAACUUUGAGUCGUGUGUAGGAAGGAAAAGGAAUUCAAAAGCUUUCUAAUAAAUUUUUGAAAUUUUUAAAUGUCAAUCGAUAAAAAAUGGCAAGAACAUUCAAAAUAUCACAUGAUUUGAAUGCCAGAAAUUAAAAAUCUUUAAGCUAGCAUAUUAGGCAUUAAAAAGCAUAAUAAUGUCAACAAAGUCCAUUAUUAAAUACAAUAAAUAUACUAUAGAACACAAUAAUAAAGCAAUUAAGACAAAAAUCAAACCCCAACCCGAGGCAUCAUGUUGUUUUACAGGGACAGGAUGUUGUUUAGACACAAAUGUCAUGCUGGAAAGAUUAACUAUCGAAUUAUUAAACUUUUAUGAGCGAAAACUUUAAUCCGGGCAUUGAAAGCAUUUUGAAAGCGUUGUUAAAAGGGAACGCGAUGGAAUAGUGAUAUAGUUAUAUCUAUUGAUAGGGUUUAUGAGUCUAUUCCAUAGUCAUUUUGGGCAUUUGCUUAAGGAAAAGUUGGAUAAACUACACCAUGUUCGGUUAUGUGAGUUUUUGAGUGUGUAUUUUGAAUUUUUUCAAUUUUAGGUAUGAUGUACAGGGUGUGCCAAAAGUCCGUUGACUCAUUAUUUUAGUCAUAUAUUUAUUAAAACAAUCAAUAUGCUUAAAACAACAACUAACAAUAGUAACAUAUAGUACUAGUUAUAACAUAGUCAAGCGGUUUCGAAGUGGCCCCCCUUUGCCGCUACGCAAAGGCGUAAACGCUUCACAAAAUUUUCAGCGAUGGGCCGCAGGUCCUGCGGCGAAAGUUUGUCCCACUCUUCAAUCAAUGCUUGUUUCAAAGACUCCAAAGUUUGGUGUCUUCUACAACACACCCUUGCCUCCAAUAUCGACCAAAUACUGUAAUUCAUCGGGUUGAGAUCGGGGGAGUACGGAAGCCAUUCAGCUGAGGUGGUAAAGACCAGAAAAUGGGUCCGACACCACUCCUGUGUUGUUUUGGCUUUAUGUGCUGGAGCAGAGUCCUGUUGAAACGUCCAUUUGGUGUUCUUGAAGUGUUAUCGGGACCAAGGAAGUACUACGGCUUCCAGAAUGUCCUUUUGGUACACUUCUUUAUUAAUUUUUACUCCUUUAUCAACAAAAAUCAAGGAAGUUUUGCCCGAGGCGCAUACUCCUGCCCAAACCAUAAUGCCCCGAGGGUGCUGACGGUGUUCGACGAUGGCCAAGUCUCUAGGAGGCUCAGUAGAGUAAUGCCUGUCAUUUUGAGGGUUUGUGUGCCUGUUCCAACGUGAAGAUCGUCUCAUCAGUGAAGAAAAUGCGCUCCCAAUUUCCGUUAGCGGCCCGGUGUAUCGGAGUUUUGCUUCUUUUAAACCGUACUUUUUUGUUUUCAUCAGUAAGUUUCUGAACUUUCUUGAUGUUGUACGGCUUCAUCUUCAAGUUCUUUCUGACUAUACGGCAAAGUGAAGUUUCUUUCAGACCGGCCUCUCGUGCCAUUUUACGUACUGGAGUCCUUGGGUUACGCAUGAAUCGCUUCUUGGUCCACUGUUUGUUGGCGCGGGUGUUUACAGUUGCUGGACGGCCACUUCUAGGUCUGUCAUCAUCAUGUCCAAGCUCUACAUACCGUCUGACCACUUUGGAUACUGUAGCUUUUCCGAUAUUUAACGAUUUCGCAAUAUCACAUUGCCUUCUUCCUUCUUUAUGCAGCUUAAUGAUGGCUCCUCUCAUGUUUGGCAUCUAAAUAAAGACAGACGUUAGACAUGAAAAACUCAGUUUUUACUUAUUUAUAACAAAAAACUAUGGGGAAUAAGACAACAUGUAAAAAAAUUAUAUAAAUCGCGUACAACAUAAAGAAAUCGACCGGUAAAGUUAGUCAACGGACUUUUGGCACACCCUGUAGUUCUUUAGGGUUGCUCCGGUUUUUAAAAUUAUUAAUGCGAGCGAAAAAUUACAGGAGCUACCUGUGAACUCAGUGACGUUCUUGGUACAAUAUUCUUUUAAGAUUGCACCCUGCAACAUUUUGCAGGGUACAAACCUUUUGUUAGCAGUAAUGGCUAGACUAUUAAUGUUUGGUUUACUCUGUAAAAACCAAAUAAAAAUUUAACAACUUUUCAAAAUUUUGUCAAAUCUCAUUAAAACUUGUGAAAUAUGAGAAAACAAAUAACAAUGUAAUUGAAAAGCGGUUUGAAAGUCGAAAAAACAUCGCAAAACCUAUCAAUUUCGAGAUGUUGACAACAAACAUUACAAUUAAAAUAUGGAUAAUGUUGGAAAAUUGUUUGAAGAGUGACUUCAUAUGCAUUUAUUGGAGUGGUUUUUAUGGGGAGACGGGAAUUUGUGACUCAUAAGGUUUGUAAAGGCAUCUUCUCGGCUUGUGAAUCGCGCAACAUUACCUAUUGCUUUCUUACUGCGAUCACUUUGAUAUGUGUGUCAUGAGAGUGAUAUGGAAGUGCUAAAAUCAGUAGCCGAAGUGCUGUGCUUCAAAAGUUGUAGGUGCUUUAUAAAAGGGUCAUAAAAAAUAUUGAAAAUUAUUUUAUAAGACUGCGGCGAUUUUUGUUAAGAAUAGGGGUGGAUUUUGCUUUUUCUUAUUCAUAGUUGGUUAUUUUAAACAUUAAAUUAUUAAAAAGCUCAAUUUUGUUUGCAAAAAGUUCUAAAAAGCAGUUUUUUUGUUUUAGGUUGAAAAAGGACUUUUGUUGAAAAAAGCCUGAUCUGGCUCUCGAUCAAAUUAAAAACUCUGUUAGAAGCUGUUGCAAAAUGUACAAGAAUUAAAUGCUACUUUAAAUUUUUAUCUUUACGCUAAUGAAACUGCUGGCUAAACUUUUUUGUCAUAAAACGUUUUGUAAAAUGGUCGUUUUUUGCUGUAAGGACCUCUAAAAAUACUUAUUUUUUAAAAAUUUGAUUGUAGGCUGUUGUAGUUAAGCUAUGAAAUAAGUUAAAACGUGCUAGAGUUAUAAAAAAGUGUGUAGAUAAAUCCGAAAAGCAUAGUAACUUUAGAUUUCAAAGUGCUUUUUGAUUCCAAGAAUAGAACUAACGUUGACAACAAGACUUUAUUGUAACUCGUAAAAUUGAGUCAAACUCAUAAUAGCCCAAUCCCCGCCUCAAAAGUCAUAAAAAUACACUCAUCACUUGAAACAUUGUGAAAAGUUUAUUUACACCGAAUGCAAACACGGACUUUUCUUAUAUGUUUCCACGUCGUUCCUCGUCCGUUCCUUCUUUUUGGUGGGCUUUGAAACGCGGAUUGAGGGAACCGGAAAAGACCCCUCAGGCCUUCGCAAAAACCUUGGAGAUAGGGCUAACCGUUUCACGGCACGGUCUCAAGUCAAACGGACUAGAUAUGUUGCUGGUUCGAGCGUAAUGUGCUUUCGCUGUUUGCGACGCAAAAAAUUGUCCAAACAGUACCAGUUGGCGUUCGAUGAGGACAGGAAUAGUCGUUAUUGUAUGUGGUGGUAGGGCUGGGGUUUAGAGAAUUAGUUUUGGGUUAGAAAACAAUUAUGGCUUAAAGGAAAAUGUGUGUAAAGGUUCUAGAAGUUUAUUUUUUAACCUUUAAAAUAUUUAAAAAGGUUUUCACUGGCUUUGAGACAUGCCAAAGGGGUUUAAAAAUUAAAUUUUCAAAAUCUCAAUUUAAAAAAGUAAAAAUGAUUUAAAAAUUUGUUUGAAAAAAAUCAAAAAUUAAUAAAAUUUCAAAAAACAAGCUUAUUUUUCCCAGGCUGACUAAUAAAUGUCGUUUUGUUUCAGCGCACAAAAGUCAGAGCGACAAGGACAGCGAGAACAUUUCCAUCGGAACGACAACAUCCGGAACUUCGGCACACAGUUACAAUGCACUGUUGAAUGAGAAUGAAGAUGACAGAAGUGAUAAGGUCAGCGAAAAGGACAGUUAUGAGACACCAAUCGAGCAGAGCUCGCUGCACAAGAGCGACAGUCUGGAGGUGGGUAAAAAUUUGAACUUUUUAAAUAUUUUUACAGGGUUAAACAGGUUUUUAUCUAAUUUUUAUUAUUUUUAACUACAUUUUUCAUGUAAAAAGUGAUAUUCACAUAUUUAUGUUAUCCUUCUUCUUUAAAAAACUGAUUGCUUUAUUUUCAGGGUGAAAUUGAAAGAACAAAAGCUGCAGAUGAUCAGAAGCCAGAACAAGAAGAGUAUUCCGUGGAGGCGAUGCUUCACUUGUUCAGCGAGAUUUUCAGAAGACAUCGCUCAAUUCCAUUGAAGGUUUACCGAUUCUACACAUGUGCUUUCUUGAUCCUACUCUCAGCGUUGAUACCUGCCUUCAUAUCAGGACUACUAUGGGGAUUUUACUUUGCAAUACUAGGCUUCUUGUACUUUUGUGUUUCCGACCCUACAGCGCCGAUGAAAUACCCGGGAAAGAAGCGGUGCGUAGGUGACGAUGAGGUGCUACAGAAGGUUAAUGAAGAGUCAGCUAAGGAGGACAAUCCUAAAGGAAAGAGGAUAUAUAAAGGUAGGCUUUUAGCUAUUUUUUUGAGUUUUUAAGGUUUGAAAUUCUUUUUUUUUGAGCUAUUCCAAUACUAAUGACGGUGUUUUAGGAUGGAUGAAUAUUCUGAACGAGCCGUACAACCCGUACACAUUCCACGUGAACGCACUCCAAACCGUACUCAUUCGUCUUGACGGAAAGCUGUUGAGAAUCUCGAGACCUGCGACAGCUCUUCUGAAGCAUGGCUUUCAUACGGACCCGACUCUCACCGAAUCUGAACCCAAAAUGCUCGGACAAUCAAUCUUUGAUCUGACCAAUGCGAGCAUCAAGGUAAAUUUUAAUUUUUUUGGAUAGAGUUGUGAAUUUUAUUAUAAGUUAUGUAUAUAUUUUAUCAUUAGCUUAUUAUUGUGAUGUUAUAUAUUUUUCUUUUGAGAUUAUCAAUACUAAUAUACCGAAAUUUCAGUUGAGACCAAGAAGGUUGGCUCGUAGACGGUGGUUUUCGAGAAAAUACCCGAUUUGCAUCAAGUUGUCAUCGAUGAAUGGAGAACUGAAGACAACAAGACGGGACUUGGCUUUUGCAGGAAUAUCUGAAGCUGUUACAGAAGAAACGCCAAAGGAAAUUGAAGAAAAAUCAGAAGACACAAGUUCAGUACAGUUAACGUCAAGAUUUUCAACAGCUGAUGUUGCUAGGGAAGCUGAUGGCUAUAUGUCGGAUGGGUCGAGUGAUGCGGAUGAUGGUAAGACGGCGUUUUAUGGUAUACAAUAUUUUAAAACUUUAAAAAGUUGGUUUUAACUGAAAAACUAAAGUUUUAAUCUUUUAAACGCACUUUGUUAUGUAUAAUGGCAUAGUCAGUUGCAUCUGGUCAAACUUGUCACGUUUAUGUCUUAUUUUUGUUUCAGAAGAUGAAACCCUCCAACGAUCAGCAUCAGAUGCCAACCUUCCAGCUGCAAGUGGAGCAGUUCAGCGAAUGAAACGUAAUUUCCCAUCAGGAAAGCCAAAGAGGCAGACUAAAACAAUAUAUUUGUUUGCAAGAUGUGCCAGAGAGAAGGAAAGAUGGUUCCACAGAUUGAGAAAAGUUUGCAACAAGUACCAGAUACCUCACGAUUCGGAAGCAGCUAGAAGAUCGUCGAUUUGUGUCGCUGGAGAAGAUGAAGCGGAGAAAAUAUUGUCCAGAGACUACUUCUUGUACAUUCUUCAUCAUCUACAGUUUAAUAAGUAGGUUUUUGAUAAUAGUGGAUUUAUAUGAUAAUAACUUAGGUCUACUUGACAUUUUUUAGAUUUUUAAAUUUUUUUUUAAAUUUUAAAUACUAAAACUGUAUUUUAGGUAAUACAUUAUAAUGUUUUAGAUCUAUAGCAGACUUUGCAGCUUUAAUUUAUCUAAUUUUUCUUUUUCAGGCAUUUGGAAGAAUCCUUGUUGAUUCAACAAAAGAUUAGUCUAGAAACAGAUGACACUAUCUUGAUGGAUCUUGGCAGAGUAAGAUGGCAACAACCAGAGGAAAGUUCAGGCAAAGAGCUGGUACUGGUGGCCAAUCUUAUAGCUUCAAGAGUAUUCUACGAUUUUUGUAGAGAUGAUUAUUGGUGCAAACAAGUUCAGAAUAAGAUUCAAACAAAGCUGGCUACGAUUCAUGUAAGACUUUAGAUACUUUGAGAUUUUUUUUUAAAUUUUGAAAGUUUUUUGAAGGAAAUUUGAAGGGAUUUUGGUCAAUUAUCGUUAAUUAUCUUUUCUUUAACGAAUGAUGAUGAUCGAAUGUUUAUUUUUAGCUUCCCUACUUCAUUGAGACCCUAGAAGUGUCAAGUUUCGACAUUGGCACCGCCAUCCCCAGAAUCGACCGUAUCUACAAGCCAUACGUCGACGAAUGGGGAGUAUGGGUCGACUUUGACAUUGACUACAAAGGAUGCAUCAAGUUGGCAUUGGAAACAAGAGUCAAUCUGAUGAGAAUCAAACAACAUCAUGAUUCCACAGACAUGCCCGAAAGCAACUCUCAAUCAUCCUCGCCAGCAUCCUUGAUCAUGCGUGACACACCAACACGAUAUUCGGAUUCUGAAUUGCCAGAAAGUCCAGAAACCUCGCCAGACGAAGAAUACGGCAGCAAGUUGAAGUUGAACGAUCAUAAUGGACGGUAAGGACAUGUUUCUGAUAUUUAUCUUGUUUUAUUUUAGGAACAUGUUGUAGUAGGUUUUUUAACAUAGUAGACGGCUAAAAUCCAUCACAGGAGGUAGCUAAAAUGAAAAAAAUUUUGGAUUCUUAAUUUUUUGAUAUUACCCUUGAAAUCAACGUUUAUUGACAAAAAUUAUUUAAUUCUUAUUUUCAGUGAAAAGAAGAAGACCGGCAAAAAGAUCCUCAACUUAGUCGACAAAAUAGCAUCGUCCAACUUCUUCAAAGAAGCUUCAGAACUCAAACCCAUUCGAAAGAUGAUGCAAGACAUCUCUUCGACCCGUCUGAUGCUAAAUGUCGAGAUCACAGAGUUAAAUGGUACAAUGACUGUCAACGUCCCACCACCUCCAUCCGAUCGCCUAUGGUAUUCGUUCCGAAACGCACCUAAAAUGAGUGUCAGAGCGGUUCCACAAGUCGGCGACAGAUCUGUGGUCUUCUCCACACUAUCGGAGUGGAUUGAGAAUAAGAUCGUCCAGGUUUUGGAGAAGAAUCUGGUACUUCCCAACAUGGAUGACACCAUAAUACCAGUUAUGAGUGGAAACGAACUCUUGAAGGGUCCAAUCAACAAGUGA